AUGGGCCGCCUGCUCCUCACGUCGGGCCAGGUCUCUGUUCUCCUGUCCGUCACCAUUGUCUUCUUCUUCACAUUUGCCCUCUUCUUGUCGGGCUGGGUGCUGCAGCAGCGCUAUGUGCACUCGCUCCAGGCCGCCAUCAAACCACGGCUCCCCAAGCCUCUCCCCCCGCCCAAGCCCAUAGAGCCGCCGACAUUGGACGCAAAAUGGGCGAGGCCCAUGGGCGGGCGGCCAGAGGUGGACGACACGUAUGCGCAGUACAUUGCGGGGCAGACGAUGGACUGGAGCCGGCUGGGCUAUGUGCAGGUGGUGCGCGAGCAUGUGGAGCUGUGCAGCGCCGUGAUGCUGCUGUCGGACCUGCACCGCAUGAAGAGCCCGGCACGGCGCAUCCUCAUGUUCCCCAAGCUGUGGCUCAAGGAGUCGGCCGACAACAAGUACAGCGCGGAGAUGUCGACGACACGCAGACUGCUGGGGACGGCGGUGCGGCGGUAUGGCGUGACGCUGAUGCCCAUGGAGCCCAUUGUCGAGGGCGCCGACGGCACUCUACCGUCGUCGUACUCGCUCGCCAGCCUCUAUUCGCUGGUCGAGUAUGAGCGGCUGCUGUAUCUCCAAGGGCCGGGCGUGCUGCUCGACGCGUCUGCCCUCGACUCGCUGCUCGCCUUCUCCAAGUCGGAGCCCAUGGCCGCAUACCCCGCAACGCCCGAGCGGACCGACAUGUCGACGUCGCUGCUCAUGAUCCAUCCGUCGCAACAGAGCUACAACCAGCUGCGGGCCCUGCGCGCGUCCAAGCCAACGUCGGACCUCAACAUGUUCCGCAAGACCUUCGCCGUGCCCGACUCGCUCAUCUCCGAGUGGUCGCUGUCCAUGGGCAACGUCGUGUACGAGUCGCAGAAGCUGCGCAGCGCGCCCGACAGCUUCAACGCGACGGCCUUUGAGCAGGCGACGACGUUUGUGAGGCUGUCGGACCCGGAGAUUCCCGGGCCCGAGUACGACGUGCCCUACUCGGAGCGCGCCAAGCUGCGGCCGCAGAACCAAGAGGCCCAGGAGGCGUGGAGCAAGCUGUACGAGCGAUUCCGCCAACGGCGCAUGGAGGUGUGCGGGCUGGAUCUCGAGACGUAUCAGCCGGUAAUGGUCACGGGUGGGGCCGGUGAAACGAAGGCGGCGGGGGACGAGCUAUGAAACAGCAAAACUUUUGUUUUGUCCCCAGCCACGUCUGCGCUUGGGGACGGCAACGGGGUUGGUGUCUGUGACGAGUGGGGGGGAGGAGGAGCAGGAGGAGGCAGUUUGUUUUUUUGUUUUUUGUUUGCCUUUUCUUUUUGACGACGAUGAUGAUUGUUAUGACGAUGGCCAUGUUUGCACAUGGGGACAGAGUUGCAGUGUCACGAUGGAGCUCGGCUUGGCGGGGAUUGCUGGGGGGGUGCAUGAAAUCGGGGCCAGGCUGUUUGCAGGAUAGCAAGAAUAGCAAUGGGACAGGCCAUGGCGACGGCUAAGAUGCGGGAGUGGGAGCCAUGUUCCUUGAUGCUGGGAUUGCCACGGUACGCAUGACGCAACAAGCGAUGGGUUCCGGCGGUGCUUACGGCGAGGGCGGCACGAUUGCGGCGAUGACGCGCUGGCGGCGGUGAGUGGUGGGAUGGAUAGA